UGAGAAGGUGUUAGAAUGGUAGGGAUAUGGGGGACUGGUGGAAUAGGCAAGACAACAAUUGCGAAAGCUGUUUAUAAUUCAAUUGCCUCGAAGUUUGAUGGUAGUUGUUUUUUGGCAAAUGUUAGAGAAAAUUCAAUGACAUGUGGAGGCGUAGUCCAAUUGCAAGAGACUCUUCUAGCUGAAAUUCUAAGGGGCAAAGGGUUGAAGGUCUCUAGUGUUGAUAGAGGAGUUGAGCUGAUAAAGAAGAGGCUGUGCAAUAAAAAGGUUCUCUUAAUUCUGGAUGAUGUGGACCAAUUGGAACAGUUAAACAAAUUAGCUCGAGGGUCCGAUUGGUUUGGAUCGGGCAGUAGAAUUAUCAUAACAACAAGAGAUAAGCAUUUGCUGACUGCUCAUCAAGUUCAUUUUGUAUACGAGGUCAAGGUAUUAGAUGAUCAAAAAGCUCUUGAGUUGUUCAGUUGGAAUGCAUUCAAAACAAGUCAACCCCCAAAUGGUUAUGUGGAACUCGCUAGAUGUGCAGUACACUAUGUUCAAGGCCUCCCAUUGGCUCUGAUAGUUUUGGGUUCUCAUUUGUGUGGCAGAAGUGCAGAUCAAUGGCUAGGGACAAUAGAUAGUUACAAAAGAGCUUCUAACAAACAGAUACAUGAAAUACUCAAAAUAAGUUAUUCUGGAUUGGAAGAUCUUGUGAAAGAAGUUUUCCUUGACAUUGCAUGUUUCUUCAGAGGUAAAGAUGUAGCCUACGUAACAGAAAUUUUACAAUGUUGUGACCUCAACCCUAUGAUUGGCAUUCAAAUACUUGAAGAAAAGGCUCUCAUAACCAUAGAUGGAACUCAGAUUCUGAUGCAUGACUUGCUAGAAGAAAUGGGUAAAGAAAUAGUUCGCCAAGAAUUGCCAAAUGAACCUGGAAAGCGUAGCAGAUUGUGGUUCCACGAGGAUGUUUAUCGUGUGCUAACUGAAAAUACUGGAACAAAUACAGUCAAAGGAAUUAUGGUAAAGGUGCCUGAACCAUAUAAUCAGAUCUGCUUGAAUGCUAAAAGCUUCUCAAAGAUGAAAAAUCGAGAUUCUUUCUGAACUACAAUGCACUCUUUUCUGGGGACUUUGAUUAUCUCUCCAAUGAGUUGAUGUGGCUUGAUUGGCCUGGAUGUUCGUUACGGUCUUUGCCAUCAAAUUUUCAUCCAAAGAAACUCUUUGUGCUCGAGAUGCCCCGAAGCUGCAUAACCCGACUAUGGGAGGGAUUCAAGGCUUUCCCAAAUUUGACAACUAUGAAUUUUGAAUCUUGUGAAUUCUUAGGGAAAAUCCCUGAUUUCACCGGAAUCAUGAACUUAAAGAACUUGAUACUGAAUAACUGCACAAGUUUAGUUGAGGUUCAUCCUUCGAUUGGAUUCCUUAAUAAACUUGUUGUGUUGAGACUUAGGGGCUGCUCUAACCUCGUGAUAUUUUCGAGAAAAAUCAGCUUGAAAUCUCUAGAAGUUAUUGACCUCAGCAAUUGCUUUAGGCUUGAGCAUUUUCCAGUAAUUGUGGGAAAGAUGGAAUCCUUAAGACACAUGAAUCUAGAAGUCACUGCCAUAAAGGAGUUACACUCAUCAAUUGGGUUUCUUAUUGGGCUUGAAGAGUUGUAUUUAUCAUACUGUGAGGAUCUUACAACUCUGCCAUCCAGCAUUUAUGAGUUGCAAAACCUCAAGGUUUUUGAACUGCGUUGUUGCAAGAGGCUUCAAGAAAUUCCAAAGCUUCCACCAAACUUACGUUGGCUGAUUGCGAGUGAUGGUGAAUCAUGGGAAGGAUUUUCGAAAUUUCGUCAUUAUCUUAAGUUAUUGAAUACUUUGAAUCAGCCAAUUUCUGUUGAGGACCAUGUAGACCCUGAAUAUAUACAUGAAUAUUAUCAUCACAUUCCUGAAGUUUAUGUUAUGGAGGAGGUAGGAUUGGCUAUCUUUGCCGUUUGGGAAGUAAUACCAAAUGAAUCUACUGAUUGGCGUUUUGGAGUUACUGUAUCCACCAACUAUGCUCGGCCAGGUCGUAAUUAUGAGUUUUCUUCUUGUUCAAGGAAGAUAACGUCUCCUCAUCUGUGGAUCAAGCAUAUUCCACUAACUGGGAUUGGGUUUCGGCAAGCGUGUGCUGUUAAAGUUUACUUCAAGCAAGGCACCCAACCCGCUAUGUUGAAAAGCUAUAAUAUUGAAGUAUUCCUAGUAUCCAAUGUGGCAGUUGGCAACAAUUAUCAGCCAGAACAGGAAGCCUCACUUUUCCUGAAAAUCGAUAAUCCUAACGUCGGACAUCAUCAAGAACCCUCAGUUGAGUCAGUUAUCACAAAACAAGAUGAUACCAAUGUCCAUCAAGAACAAGCGAAAAAUCCGAUCAUUGUUGCGCCGCCCGAGGCUACAAGUGCAACACGCCGAGAUAAUGAAAUCUGUCUGGGCGGACAAUCUCACAACCCAGAAGUUCCUAACCAAACAGCAGGCAUUUUCGUUGAAGGAAUAAUGGAAGAUUGUGACGAAGAUGGUGGGGAGGGUUCUGAUCCGCCAACUAGGUCGUUUCUUCGAAGACGACUUGAUGAACAAUAUCGACAGGUCGGCCAACCUUGGCAGCCUUCUUUUACAAAUGUUCCAGUACAAGCCAAGAAAGGGUCUGCUUGGCUACAACCAAUUGACUUAGAGAGAAGAGGCGGAUCAGGGUCUGCUUUCGCUUGGUACAUUAAUCUUCCACCAAACUCCGUCCAGAGUUGGGAGGAAUUGGUCGAGAAAUUUCAUGAACAACUCUAUCGACCAGGGAUGGAAAUGUCCGUCUUAUCGUUGGCUAGGAUGACUUAA